AUGGAAGCUAACGCGUUUACGAAUGAACCUAAUGGGACAGCUGUUGAUUUGGCAGCGGAAGGUAGAGGUGAUGUCUUUACAGCUCUCUUGCAUGAUAGGGCUGGAACUGUGUCACCCUCUACUGGAAGUUCUCACUUGAGUACCAGAAGUGGUUCUAUUGGGACACGAGAAACGGCUUCACACGAAGGACCAGUUCAGCCGGCACAGGAAGAGGGUCGUACCCAACAAACACUCUCUACAGUCACAGAAACAUAUUCACAAGAAACACAAGAUAGUGGGAGGGCAGUAAUUCAGGGAGAGGGAGUACCACCUGGCGUUCCUCCGUCCACCCAAGUUGGAAAAGACGGUCUCAGUGCUUCUGAUACUUCUGCCCCUCAAGUGGACCAGAGUUCGUCAUUAUCCGGAGCCACUCCAACUGUUGGGGAACAAAGUCAAACUCGAGAGACAAAUGGAACUCAACAAGAGACCCAAGCUGAAUCAAAUCAGACAGUGGAUUCCAGUACACCUGGUGACUCUAAUACUACCCAGGAACCUUCAUCUGAAGGUACGACUUCCACAGAAGGUUCACAACAGAAAACCAAUACUGACUCAACGGCCAACAUAAACACUACCACCACCACCACCACAACAACAACAACAACAACACUUCCUCCUGCACCUGUACCCAAUGCAGACAUCAGCACCAUCACUUCCACCGUACAGAACAAGGCUAAUGCUGACAGCAGUGUCAGUUCUGUGUGGAUGCGCACUGCAGCACCGCUGCUGAUUGUGGUUGUGUUGGUCUCUGUUACUGUGUACUGA